CGUUCGGGAGAAGGCAAAUUCCAGAGACCACACAGCGCCUUCACCUCCUCCUCCUCUCCCCAAUCCGACCACCCCAUUCACCAACCCAAAAUAAAAGCCGUCCCCGACCACCAGACUCGGGAAUUCCUCCGGCGAUCCCUCCCUUCGACGGCCGUCUCCUUCUCCGUGCGCCCCAGGAGAUCCUCCAGCUUGCAGAGAACACCUAAUUGCUCCGAAAUGGAUAGAGGGCAGAACGGGAGGGAUGACUUCUUCGGUGGCAGGGACCCAUUUUCUGGGUUUGGUGGUUUUGGUCCCCAGAGGAGUUUGAUUUCUGGCUUCUUUGGAGGGAGGGAUCCAUUUGAUGAUCCAUUCUUCACGCAGCCAUUCGAGGGUCGGAUGAUGGGUGGCCAUGGCAUGUUUGGACCUAGCCUUUUUGGGCCGAUGGGAGGGCCGUUCGGUGACAUGAGGAACGAUGGAUUCAUCCAGCAAGCUCCUCCUAAGAGUAAUGGCAGAAGACCUGUCAUAACAGAGCUUGAUGAGGAGGGAGGAGAAAACGCGGAGCACGGUAACGAGCAGUCAAACCAGGAUUCUUAUGUUCAGGAGCCAGAUGAUGCAAGUGAUGUGAUGGAAGGUGGUCAAGUCCAGCUACGGAGGGAUCUCAAUAGGGCUAAUAGUGGAGGGCAAUCACAAGCUCGUACUUUCACAUAUCAGAGCUCUUCAGUGACCUAUGGUGGUAUUAAUGGAGCUUAUUACACUGCUUCAAAGACUCGGCGGACUGGCAGUGAUGGGAUCACUGUGGAAGAAAGCAAGGAAGCAGAUACAACAACUAAAGAGGCCACUCAUAGAAUAUCACGAGGAAUACAUGAUAAGGGCCACUCCCUGACAAGGAAACUGAAGUCAGAUGGGAAGGUUGACAGUACACAGAUACUGCAUAACCUGAAUGAAGAUGAACUAGCUGGAUUUGAGGAAUCAUGGAAGGGGAAUGCUGGACAUCACUUGCCUGGAUGGAAUCAAAAUGCUGGUGCACCAAAUAGUGAUAAUUCUGGUAACCGUAGCUCCAGCGGACGUGACCGGCGAUCUGCGUGGGGCUGGGCGCUUCCCGGAACAGAGCAAGGCCGUGAUCCGAGGCGCAAUGGGAAGCCGAAAUCACGGGUCAUUCCAAUCACCUGAAGAGAGUUAUCUUGUGGACGUAGAUAAAUAAACAGGUGGUUUGUGGAAAGCUGCAAGGUUCAGGUCCAAGUACGUCGAGCGCCUGUCAUGCUGUUGUCUGAAUGUAUCGAUACGUUGAAACCCCUGUCGAGGAGUUUCUGUAGUUGUGCAGUGCCUUCUGGUCUGUGAAACAUUUUGGCUCGUCGAGCCUUGCUGUAAAAGCGUCGUGUAUAUCGCAAACCUGAUUAUAUGUUUCGGUGUUUGCUCUGUUC